AUGGGAUCGCGGAAAAAUUCAAUCAACUUCUGCGACAUAUUUGACGCGCCGAGUCUGGCUUCCGAGCUAGGAGCACGCUGGGCCGAGUGUGAAGCCGAUGCAGAGGACAUGUGUAUUCACGCAAAAAGGCACAUGUUCAACCUCUGCCUGCAGCAUCUCAAAAUAGCCGAAGCCUUUAUUGCCCCACGGGCGCCAAAGGUUAACGACAGUUCCCGCAAUAACCAACUUCUAAAGGCGCUUCGAAUCUUUCGGGACGUUGAGCGACUGCUUCGAUUUGAAGGUAGAGCUGAGGUCGACCGCGAAAAAUGCUAA